AUGAAACUUCUACAACAUGUCAAGAACAUUCGUUUUCAAGGAAAAAAUGGCGAAGUUGUAUAUUUUGACAGCAAUGGCGAUCCACCAGCUCGCUAUGAUAUUCUGAAUUUUCAGCUAUUUUCUAAUGGCACUAGUAGAUAUACCCAAGUGGGCAGCUUUGAUUCAAGUGCACCAGAAGGGCAAGAAAUUAACAUAAAUCAAUCAGCUAUAUUAUGGAAUGGAGGAAGCAGUGAGACUCCAGUUUCUGUCUGCAGUGAUCCCUGCCCCACUGGUUACAGAAAAUCGCUCCGACGUGGGCAACCGGUCUGCUGUUUUGACUGCAUCAUGUGUUCAAAGGGACAUAUUGCAAAUCAAUCAGAUUCUGUUGAGUGCCAAGCAUGUCCAAGUGAUCAGUGGCCCAAUGAGAAACGAGACAGAUGCAUUCCAAAGGUGGUAGAGUUCCUUUCAUAUGGUGAGCCUCUGGGUGGAUCAUUGAUGUCUGCCACUGGUAUUUGCUCCACACUCACUGCUUUUGUACUUUACAUCUUCAUGAAAAAUAAGGAAACCCCCAUAGUCAAGGCCAAUAAUCAUGAGCUGAGUUAUGUAUUGCUUGUUGCCCUUUUGCUUGGAUCCCUGUCUCCAUUACUGUUUAUUGGACGCCCCACAAAUGUGACUUGUAUGUUGCGUCAAACAGUAUUUGGCACAGUGUUCUCCACUUGUGUGUCUUCAAUACUGGCCAAGACAGUAAUGGUAGUAAUUGCAUUCCGAGCCACAUAUCCUAACAGUAGGUUAAAAAAAUACUUGGGUUCAGCCAUACCAAAUCUUAUAGUCACUUGCUGCUCAGGCUUACAAGGAUUAAUAUGUAUGGUGUGGACAGUCACAUUUCCUCCUUUUCUACAGUUCACCACAAAUUCUGAGACUGCAAAUGUUAUCAUUGAAUGUAAGGAAGGUUCUACUGUAUUUUUUUAUGCGAUGCUAGGCUACAUGGGUGUUCUGGCUUGUAUGAGCUUUGCAGUGGCCUUUGCUGCACGAAAAUUGCCUGAUACUUUUAAUGAAGCUAAAUAUAUUACUUUCAGCAUGCUAGUAUUUGCCAGUGUGUGGCUGUCAUUCAUUCCUGCAUACUUGAGUACCCAAGGGAAGUAUAUGGUUGCCGUGGAAAUAUUUGCUAUCUUGUCUGCAAGUGCUGGCAUAAUAAUCUGCAUAUUUUUCCCUAAAUGCUAUAUUAUUCUGCUAAGACCAGAAAGGAACACAAAGGAAUAUCUGAUGGGUAAAAGACACACUUAA